AAAAGCAUCAUUAACAACUCUCUAUUUUCGAAAAUACUGCGCAUCACAGGGGAUAAAGUCCCUGAGGUCCACCACAUUCCAUUUGGUGGAUGUAUACUAUGCUUCAUGUUAUCUACAUAUAUCUCAAAUCUGACUGUGUAGAGAAGCAGUAACCUUAUCAAAACUAUGCAUGGGAAGAUCGCUCUUGAAGAGGCUUUCGCCCUUCCUCGCUUCGCUGAACGCACCAAAUGGUGGGCAGGUUUAUUUGCGGUAGACGCGGCCAAACAUACCGCUGAAAUCAAUGAUAUUCGCGAAAAGCGGAUCGAGUACAUGGAUAAUCAUGGCGUUGGAUACACGAUCCUGUCAUAUACAGCACCUGGAGUUCAAGAUAUCUUCGAUCCCAAGGAGGCUCAGUCAUUGGCCGUUGAGAUAAAUGAUUAUAUCGCAGAGCAAAACAAGGGACUGGAGCAUCGCUUUGGAGCAUUUGCGACUUUGUCUAUGCAUGACCCCAAGGAAGCAGCAGCAGAGCUUCGUCGUUGUGUCCGCAAAUAUAACUUCAAGGGAGCCUUGGUCAAUGAUACGCAGCGUGCAGGCCCCGACGGUGAUGAUUUGAUCUUUUACGACCAGCCGGAAUGGGAUGAAUUCUGGGAAACGGUAACAGAAUUAGAUGUCCCGUUCUACUUGCAUCCCCGCAACCCAACGGGUACUAUCCAUGAGAAGCUCUGGGCGAAGCGCAGUUGGCUCAUCGGGCCUCCGCUGAGUUUUGCGGUUGGAGUCAGUCUUCAUUUACUGGGGAUGGUGACGAAUGGAGUGUUUGACCGACAUCCCAAGUUACAAGUCAUCAUUGGUCAUUUGGGCGAACAUCUGCCCUUCGACUUAUGGCGGAUUAACCACUGGUUCGAGGACGUCAAGAAACCUCUUGGUCUGAACAAAACUUGCAAUAAGACUAUUCGAGAGUACUUUGCUCAGAACAUAUGGAUUACCACCUCUGGUCAUUUCUCGAGCCCAGCCCUUGCCUUGUGUUUAACUGAGGUGGGCGCGAAGAGGAUCUUAUUCUCCAUUGACUAUCCUUUCGAGUCGUUCGCAGAUGCCUGUGACUGGUUUGAUGCCACGGAGUUGAACGAAGUGGACAAACGCGCGAUAGGUAAAGGGAAUGCACUGGAGCUGUUCAAGUUGGGAGACGUACAUGGCCGUGAUGCGUAGGAUUUAGCAGGUCCUCUUCCGCUCCAUAUUGACGCUAUUGGCCUGUGUAUAUUCAGUGGGAAUUGUGAUACAUGCUCACAUGUUGGAACUCACCUGAAUAUCAGAUAAAAUACGGCUGCGCCGCUGAGAUAAACAAAGACGCCUGAAUACACGUAGGCGUAAGUGACAACAAUUGUAUAUGUUUGUCCUCUCAUAUGUUCAAGUCCAGGACUGCUUGAGCGAUGAUACCGAACAUAAGUACUUCCCGAGGUCUAGAAUUGAAUUAUCAAGGAAUCAUCG